AUGGACCCUCAGAUCGAUCUUUCUAAGCUCAGCGAGUCCGACAAGAAGGAGCUGCAGCAGGUCCUGAACAACGAGGCUCAGAAGUCCAACAUCCAGCAGGCUGUCCACUCCCUGAAUGACGUCUGCUUCAAGAAGUGUAUCGCCGGCAAGUCUAUCACCUCGGGCUCCCUCGACCGAAGCGAGGAGGCUUGCGCCCAGAACUGUGUCGAACGCUGGAUGGACACCCAGAUGUCCAUUCUCCAGCACCUGGGUACCCUACGCGGUAACCACUAA